CCCUUACAUGCCAUAUAAGUACCCCUUCCUCCCCCUCCUCAUGGUGCCAAAGUGCUGUCGCUCUUUGCAAAGGGGCAGCUAUUCUUAGGCUGUCUGUCCAGCUCAUCUGAGCAGAGGCUGUUUGGCACGUGCCCCGCCCCCAACUCAAUUUUCCCUAUUUAUUUGGAGAAGCUCUGUGGCUUAAACAACACAGUUUUUUUAUUUUUGAACAAUGAGUUCUUACAACGUGUCACUCGCUGGACCUUCGCCAUGGGGUUUCCGGUUGCAAGGAGGCAAGGACUUCAACAUGCCUCUCACCGUUUCUAAGGUUACACCUGGAAGCAAGGCAGCGUCAAGCAACCUGAAUCUGGGUGACAUCAUCGUGGCUAUCGAUGGGGUCAGCACAGAGGGGAUGACACACCUGGAGGCCCAAAACAAGAUCAAGUCUGCCAAGUUUAAUCUGGGCCUCACCAUGCAAAAGUCAAAGCGCCCCAUCCCAGUAUCCAUGUCUAUACCAAAGAUGAACUCCCCUAUGCCUAUGAUCGCCCAUCAGAAGGUCAUUUCCAACACUCCUGCCAACAAUGAGUAUGUGCCCAGCUUCAACCCCAUAGCUCUGAAGGACACUGCUGUCUCCACCCACAAGCCCAUUGAGGUGAAGGGGCCUGGAGGCAAGGCCACCAUCAUCCAUGCCCAGUACAACACUCCUAUCAGCAUGUACUCCCAGGAUGCUAUCAUGGAUGCAAUUGCUGGUCAGUCCCAGGCCAGAGGUGGCGAUGUGCCUGGUAAUCUGCUAGUUAAAGACCAUGUUAUAGACAGUGCUUCCCCAGUGUAUCAGGCCGUCAACCCCAGUGAUACCAAUCAAAUGGGUCCCGCUGAAUGGGCCCGCAGAGCCGCCCAGCUGCAGUCCAGGUCCUUCCGCCGCCUCGCCCACUAUACUGGAACUGAAUACUUGCAAGACCCUGAUGAGGAUGCUCUGAGAAAGUCAAGGGAAAGGUUUGAAACUGAAUCCAAAGGCCCUCGUGCUGCCAAACUGAAAAAGUGGCACAACGGCUUGUCAGCACAAAUACUUAACGUGCCUCAAUCUUUCGUAAAAAACAGUGAUCUUGUACCUCGGAUGGACAUCCCUGCAUUGGGCUCAGAAAUGUUGAGGCUUUCUAGUGUCUAUAUGCAUGGGACUAUAACAGCCUGUGUGAAUUACAAACUGCAACUUACAAAUAAAAUCAUAUAUGCAAUCACAGCCGGAAACAGGCUGCUGGUUGUAUUUAUGACUUUGACUUCAGUGCAACCUAACCUUGUAUCUAGUACUCCUGCUGAGCAUGCUCCAGCGUCCAUCAGCCUUGCACCUGUUUGUUCGCCUACUUUUGCUGCAUCGUCCAGAGAGCUCCUUUUGGGGCCACAAAUAGCCAAUCAGGCCCAUGAACAGAUUCCUGAGCAACCCUCUGUGGACAGCUUCGGCAUGCAGACUUCUAGCGGUUACCAAUCCCACUACAAAACUGCCAUCUCCAGUUCCUACACCCAGCAGCAUCCACAUGUGCAGCCCCCACCCAUGCAGCAGCCAAUGCACAUGCAGCAGCCAAUGCACAUGCAGCAGCCACUGCACAUGCAGCAGCCACCACCCAUGCAGCACAGCUCCAUCCAGAUCCCUGUAGGCCCACCUCCACCUAAAGUGGUCAGCACUGCCACCAUUGUACCCACAGCUUAUCAUGCCGCCCCAGCUCCAGCUCCAUCAAUGGUUCACAAGCCUGCUCCUGCUCCACCUGCACCUGCUCCAGCUUCAGGCUCUUCUUCCAACAGACCCCCUUGGGUUACUGAUGAUAGUUUUGCCCAUAAAUUUGACCCUAGCAAACAAACCACAACAACUAUUAAAGUGCAGCCUCUUCCCCAGGCUGCCCCACCCCCUCCAGCCUACAUCCCUAAUCCCGUCCAUUCUUCUGCUCCGGCUCCUGCUCCAGCUGCACCCUUUAACCCUGCCCCCUUCCUACCUGUUGCCCGUGGAGUUGCUCAGAGGGCGGAGCGGUUUGCAGCCAGCAACAGAACACCUCUGUGUGGAGCCUGCAACAGCGUCAUCAGAGGACCCUUCCUGGUAGCACUGGGUCGCUCUUGGCAUCCAGAGGAGUUCAACUGCCAUUAUUGCCACACGUCUCUGGCUGAUGUCAGCUUUGUGGAAGAGCAGAACAAUGUUUACUGUGAGAACUGCUAUGGAGAGUUCUUUGCACCUACCUGUGCUCGCUGCAACACCAAGAUCAUGGGAGAAGUGAUGCAUGCACUGAGACAGACCUGGCAUACCACUUGUUUUGUAUGCGCUGCUUGUGGAAAGCCCUUUGGAAACAGCCUCUUCCAUAUGGAGGAUGGGGAACCCUAUUGUGAGAAAGAUUACAUUGCUCUCUUCAGCACAAAAUGCCAUGGAUGUGACUUCCCAGUUGAGGCAGGAGACAAAUUCAUCGAAGCUCUUGGCCAUACAUGGCAUGAUACUUGCUUUGUUUGUGCGGUGUGCCAUGUGAACCUGGAAGGACAACCUUUCUACUCCAAGAAGGACAAGCCUUUAUGCAAGAAGCAUGCCCAUGCCAUCAAUGUGUAGAUGCUUUUAUGGUGGAAAAUAAGUUGUCUGUGAAGGAACUAAAUGCAAUUACAUAACAAAUCUCAAAGCAGAUGUUCUAUGGCAAGACAUCAGUGCCAAUCCAAAUUAAAUAGAAAAUAUUUAAAUGACUGAAUUAUACCUACACUAGGUCUUCUGAUACAAUGCACAUUGUUUGGUACAAAUUAAAGCCCAAUGUGCACAUAAAUUAUUAGUUAUCUUAAGCCUAAUACAUUUUCAUUUUUGGGUGCCUGAUAUACAAUAUUGAUUUGAUAUAACAUCACAUUUUAUUUUUUUAGAUUAGUGGCUAAAACUUUGAUUUGAUUUAGACAACACAUUUUAUGCUGUUUAUGCCUUAAGCCCUAAAGAAAUCUUAAUUGUGCUACUUUUAAUUGCUUUACAAUGUGUUUUCACACACAAUUAUGCAAAGAAGUCACAAUUGCUGUUUUGAUGUUAAGUGUUUUUAUGUGCAUUAAUCUGUUUCAUUGGUUUUGAGUAAUGUGUGAAAAUGAACUAAAUGAAUGCAUUAGUCAUGAUAACAUUAGUUUAUUUUUGUUGGUCAGUUAAUUGAUGGGUCAUAAUGUUGGUGUAAAACACAGUCAUGACAGCUGACCACGGAAUGUGAAUGCUCAGAGUAUAUGCAAAACUAUUAGCUGUAUGAUUUUUAUCCUGUGAGGCUCUGCAGAGUACCCUAAAGCUGUUUUUGUUUUGCCUGGUUACUUUUGAUAGUUGUUUGAUGUUCUUUAUUUUGGGAAAAAACUCAAUAUUUGGAUAAUCUUUGCCAAUUAUAAAACAAGACCAGCUUUAGCACAAACUGGUAUUUUUAUUUGUCAGCUAAAAAAGUUUUGAGUUGUUUUCUUAUGCUUUCAUGAUAACAAAUGUGUUAACUGAGAAUUUAUUCAUAUUCUCUGUGGGCAGAUGCUACUCAGCUCUGAGGUGCAAAUUUGAGAUUAUUAUUUUAUGCCACUUAGUUAUCACACCAGUGUCACAUAAAAUUGUCGACACUCAUAUUUUUCUUUGGUCUGUGUGAUAUUUUUAUCUAUACAAUUCUUGAACUUGAGCAAAAUAACUUGUUGUUUCAUUUAUGAAUUUGUCCUUGAUGUUUCAGUACAAGUCAUUUUCACUGCCAUAUUCUGAGUUUAUUCUAACAUACCACAAAAGUUUGUAGGACUACUUUAGAUUUCAGAUUGUCAGCAGUUAGGCAUAUCACAUAUUUGCCUCUCUUAAAUUAAAUUUUAAUUUGUACCUUUUUUACAGUAGAUUAAUUUACAUAAAAAUUAAAUUUAUGACAGACUAUGUAGGAAUUAUAAAAUUUUGGCAUGGUUCAGAAACAUGCCUUUUUCAUUGUGUAAUUUACUGUAGUGCAAUUGAAUGUAAAGCAGUCAGUUUCAGUUUAUAAACAGUUUAUCAUUUACCAUAUUCUGCAGUGUGCCUGGGAAUAUAAUUUGAAAGUAUUUACAUAUUUAGUUACAAAGACAUUUUGAAGAAACAUGCAUAUUUUCAUGAAUUUGCAAAUCAUUACUUUUAUUGCAUAAAGAACCCCUACAACAUGAAGUUGUGGAGUUUGUGGUAAAAAGUGAAUUUAAUGCAUUAUUUCGUUAAGUAAUCCAAAUUCAUUCUCUCUGGAUAUCAGAAUCGGCUCUACAAAGUAUUGUAGUUACUUUUAUGAUCAACUAUAGCUGUAAGUUUCUUAAGAGGACAAAAUAUAAGUAGGACUGAUAGUGUUACAUUUAAUAUUUUUAUGAAUUUGGGGUUUAUUACCAUAAAGCCUACCUUUAAUGAUAUGUCCAAAGUUGUAUUUGCAUCAGUUUAAUAAUGAUUGGUAAAAGUAUUAAGGUGCUUCAUACUAUAAAGAAAAUUACAAAUAA